UACAACUGAGUAGCAUUUCCUACUAUAACUUGGUUAUACAAACAUAAGUAGCUCAGUACAUUUUAAAAAUUACCAAUUGUUAUUGGUACAAUGAAUUCCUUAUUCACCGUGAUUAUAUAUUUACUAUUAAACGUUGUAAAUUCGUCCAUUACAACUACCUAUUACAAGCGGUUAAUUGAUCGACGAAUUAGAGAAGCCAUGACUUACAAGUUACCUAAAAACAACGAACAAUUCAGAAAAGGAAUCGAAUCUAACGACAUACAGAAUUAUGGUGAAUAUGACUUCGUGAUAGUCGGAGCAGGUUCAGCUGGAAGCGUUUUAGCAACCCGUUUAUCAGAAAUCGCCAACUUCAACACACUUCUUCUGGAAGCUGGAGAUGAAGAAGACGAUUUCAAUCAAAUCCCUGCGAUGAUGAUAUACAAUCAGUUGAGUAGGAAAAACUGGGGUUAUUACUCAACACCACAAAAAUAUUCUUGUUUAGGGAUGAAUAACCAACAAUGUGUGGUCCCUCGAGGAAAGCUAGUGGGGGGCAGUAGUUCUAUAAAUAGCAUGAUGUAUAUCAGAGGCAGUUGCAAAGACUACGACAAAUGGAGCGACCUAGGAAACCAUGGGUGGUCUUGCGACGACGUUUUCCCAUAUUUUAAAAAAUCCGAAAACUCGCAAAUUCAUGGGGAUAACGGUUACCACGGAAUUGGAGGUUUCUGGAAUGUCGAGUAUUCUUUACCACCUUCAGAUUUGCUCGAAAAUAUUAUCGCUGCUAAUUUAGGAAUCAAUCAGUCAAUUAUAGACUACAACGGUAUAAACCCUUUUGGUUCAAAUCAGCUACAAUUUAGCAUUAAACACGGGAAAAGGCAAAGUCUUGCAAAAGCGUUUCUAGAAAAUGCUCGUGCACGUAGUAACCUUAAACUUGUAACAAACGUUUUAGUGACGAAAGCCAUCAUAGGUCCACAAUCUAACGUCACAAGAGGAGUUGAAUUUGUAACUCAAAACACAAAGUUCCGCGUUCUUGCUAAAAAAGAAGUGAUUGUUUCGGCAGGUGCGAUUAACACGCCACAGAUCUUGAUGCUUUCGGGAAUUGGACCUAAGAAGCAUUUGGAAGAAAUGGGGAUUCCGGUCAUUGCAGAUCUACCCGUCGGAAAGAAUCUUAUAGAACACCCGUUUUUGCCUCUGGUACUACAUACAAAUUACACAAUCCAAGACACCACGAUGGAAAAGAAAAUAGAUUUAUAUCUCAGAGGUUUAGGCCCUCUUACAAGACCAGCUGGUAUGAUUGGAGUAGCUUUGAUAAAUACCAGAAACGGUGUAGAAGAAGUACCCACAAUUGAAAUUUUAUUCGGCGAACCGAAUCCAGAUCUGUCAGUAUUUGCGAAAAUGUUUAAUUUGAAGGAAACCACUGCCGCUUUUUUAACUGAAAUAAUUCAUCCAAAAAGCGACAUAACAAUCAGUUUGCUACUGCUGAACCCAAAAUCGCGAGGGCGCGUUUUCUUAAAGUCAAACAGUCCGACUGAUUUCCCCAACAUUGAUUUAAAUAUGUUAUCGAAACGAGAAGACGCAAAUUCUUUGAUUGAAGCAAUGGGGUAUGUUUCGAAAAUCGUACAAACUGACGGUUUUAAAAAAAUUAACGCCACACUGCUCGACAUAAAAAUGUGUAAUAAUGUUAACGAUAUUAAACGGAAAUUGGAAUGUUUAAUUCGUCAGAUGACAACGACUUGUUAUCAUCCUUGUGGAACAACAGCAAUGGGACCCGACAGGACGAAGUUUGUAGUGGACGAUAAGCUAAAGGUACAUGGGAUUAGAAAUUUAAGAGUUGUAGAUGCAUCCAUUUUUCCCUUGCCAGUGUCUGGACACAUAAAUGCGGCUACUGUAAUGGUAGCCGAAAAGGCUGCCGAUGUUAUUAAAAAAAUGUACGAGAAAUAAGUCUUUCUCCCGAAAUAAAGAUAUAAAUAAAA